AAACAAGCCAUGUAAGUAUUAUGCAGAUUGUUGUAAAAAAAACUAAAGUUGCAGAGAUCAUUUCUAUGUGGAGGGGGUGACCAAAAAAGGAAGGUUAAUUGGUUAAGUUGGGAGGACAUUUGCAAGUCUAAAAGGAAGGAGGGCUUGGGAUUAAGAAUUGUGAAAGCUUCAAUAUCUCUCUCCUUAGCAAGUGGCUAUGGAGCGUUUUGAAUGACAAGGAAUCCUUACGGGCUGAUUUGUUAGAGUUCCGAUACGGUAAUAUUAAAGACAGAAUUCAGAAUGCAACAAUUCCUUCUAAUGGACGUCGUGAAUCUCUCUGAUGGAGAGACUUACAGUCUGUUACCUUUCAUCACGUGGAUAGCAGAAAUUGGUUCUCCAAGUCAAUAUCUUGCAAGCUCGGCAAUGGAAAGGUUAUUGGAUUUUGGAAUUCCCUUUGGCUAGGGUCAACUCCUUUCAGUGUUCUAUUCCCGGAUAUUUUCGCAAUCUCAACACUGCCUAAUGGCAGAAUUUUCAAUUUUGGUUAUUGAAAUGAGGACACUUGGAUUUGGCAUAUUGGUUUGGUGAAGGAUGACUCUUCUGCAGAAGAACAUGCACAGCUUUUAGACUUGCUGGAAAUUCUGAAGGCAGUGCAACCGAAUCAAUCAUGAUUUGGACAACACUUUCGUAUGGUGGAUUUCCAAUCACGGUUUUUCGCUCAAAUCUUUCUAUGAUAGAUUGCAAUUCCUGUGUAAUUUGGGUACCACCGUGGAUGUUAGCAGGCUGACUGUUUUGCACAGGUUAUAGAAAUCCAAAGCUCCCACCAAAGUUCUGAUUUUCGGUCUUAUUCUGGACAGACUCCUUACUCGGAGUGCGUUGGCAAGGCAGGAGAUAAUCCAUGGCAACCUUUGGUGCGAUAAGAACAGUUAGAUCUCUUACUCAGGAAGAUUAUGAAAUAGAACGCUACUCGGAGAAAGUUAAUGAAACACAAGCACUUGGACUUAAACAAGUUUUGGGCUGAGGUUGCUAGCUUCUCAAAUGAAUAUGUGGUCAGUGGUGGUGCAUUUUCUGAAUGGGAUUCAUCUAAUGAAAUUCCGUUUAGUUUGAACUUUACACAUGGAGGUGGUAUAGAGGGGAAGAAAGGAACACCAUGGACUGGAGAAUAAAAUAGGUAUCUGAAAUAUUUUACUUCAAUUUAGGUUUUGAUUGUGUACUAUUGUCUAAUUAACAAUUUGAAUGUUGUCGGUGUUUCACUAUUUUUACAAUUUUGUUGGUUGUUCUACUCAUUCUGCAUAAUGUUGGAGAAAGUUGUAUUUUUGAUUUGCAUAGUUCUGACAAUUUUCUAAUCCGACUUAGUGGGGAUCAACUUCAGAAAAUUUCUUAUCAAAAGUGUUGUAACUUUUUACUUAACUUUUUACGACAUCAUCAUCAUUGGGUGCCGAAAUGGUAAAGAUGACAAUAGCAUUAGGAGAUAGUUCUUGAGAUGCAGCUGAUGGUGUAGCAAUGACUGUUAUGUCGGCAUUCAGAAUAUUUGGCCGUGCUGGAUGCGGUGCACUGUGAGUUUCUCUAUGGCCAACACUUGGCUCUAAGCAAGUUUACAUUCGCACUCACAUUUAUAAAUGCUGAAAGAUUGAAGAAAUGAUUGGUUAAUAAGCAUGUAAAACAAGCCAAAGGGUUAAAUUUUGGCAUAAAUGUGUUUAGAUAACCCUAUCAUGUUUUUUUGUUAUAUAUCCUGAUUUAUCAUAGUUUGUUAAUCUUCCAGGGCAUGUAGAUGAUCUUCUCUGAAGUAUGUGUAUUGUGAACCCGACCAAGGUACCAUUUAUUCACUUCAGCAAACUCCUCGACUUUAUCCCUUCAGUGGCAGCCAUGAAUUUGUAUGUAGCUAUAAUAUGUUCUAACAAUUUAUUCACUUGCAGCCAUGAAUUUGUAUGUAGCUCAUGAAUUGAUUUCUGUUAAUGAGUACCAGGGUUUAUAGUAAAUUACCGUUGUGUUGUUUCGUAUACAUUUAUGACAAUUGAAGGUCGGAAUUAUUAGUAUUCGUUUGUGACAGUAACAAUUCAUUCAUCUUUCAAUAUAUUAUCAUCAAUCAAUGAUAGUUAAGGAAUUAUCUAAUGCAUGAUCAGGUGAAUGAUCACUGUGUUCCAAAAGUUAUGAAAAUCCAAGUGUGAUUUUAGGAUACCACGCUAAUUAUUGGUGGAAAACUCAAGUCAGGUUUAUAGUCAACAUUGAAGCAUGUGUUCACAAAACUCUAGAAGUUCACAACUAACUGAGUACUACAAAUUUUCCUCCAAGGCUAUUGCACUUCUUUUCUCUCAGAUCAUAAAACUUACAAAUACACUUUAUGUGUUACUAUAGCUACAACUGGUCAUUUGAAAGUAUCCCAAUAUGGUUGGUAUUAUCAGGCCUGUCAUCAAUGCCUAAGAGUUGCAAAGGGAGAUUCUGCUCCUUUUAUAUGCGCUGAAGGGCAUAGUACUGAAGCUGGAAUUUUUAGGUUAAGAUUGCAAUUGAUUUUAUCCAUCUUAUUGUCAUUCAACAUUUGUUUGUUGGGAGUGUCUGCAGCUCAACUUUGCACAACAAUGAUAGAGGCUGGUGUUAAUGAUCCCCUUGAAUAUCAAAUGAACCUAGAUACUUUGUUGGAGAAGAUAAAUGAUAAUGGUCUUCAAAGUAAAAUGGAAACCAUAUUGGCAAAAUGCUUCUGUGGUGGAGAUCUUCCACGAUGAAUUAGUAUUAAAAAAAUUUCAAGCUAAAUGGGAUAUAAAGAAGACUCCAACACCAGCCUCUGUUGUCAGUUCUUAACUAUUACAAGGGUUUUGCUGCUGCCCAUACAGUUGUCCCGUUCAUAGUAAUGCUUAGGAAGUCUCUCUUGAUGCCUAAAUCAGACAUGGAAUUGAUGUCAAAUUAGGAUCAACGGUUGUGAAAGUUGGUGAAAAAGAAACCUCAUCGAAAGAAAGAGGAAGUGAUAAAGUUGUAACUCUACCUCAUGGGAUGGUAGUUUGUUUUACCGGUAUUGGUGAUCAUCCUGAAGUGGUUAAUUUUAUGAAGCAACUUGGCCAGGUUUGUUUAUGCCCGAAUUUGUAUCCAAAAGUUAGUCUCAAAUAAAGUCUUUCAAAUUUUACUUGCUUUGAAUUGUUUGUAUGACAUAUUAACCGGUGCGCAUUGGUGACUGGUGAAUGGCUAAGGGUGGAAGGGUGUGACAACGUCUACACUCUUGGUGAUUGUGCCACUAUUAAUCAACAUACAUUUAUGGUACACAUAAUCUAUAUAUUCAUCGAAAAAACUCUUAUUUUUCUGUCUCAGUCACUCGAUUUUUAAGAAAAGAAGACCUUUGAAAUAUGGUGUUUGUUGAGUGUGUCUCAUAGUCUGCUUGCUUUUGUGAGCUAUGGUGAAUAACUGUCGAACUGUUAUAAAAGUUACGUUCGCAUUUGCUGACUUGACUAUGGAGGAUACUGAAAUCUGGAAUGACCAUUUUAAUGUACAGUCUAUAAUCUGUUUAUGGUUUGGUUGCAAAUGUUAAGCUUGCUUAUCAUAAAUAACUAUUGGUUGCAAUUGAUUAUAGGGCUUGGUCUAUGUUAAGAAUCUGUUGUGGGUUCAAGUAACAUGUGUCUGGUUCUUAUAAAUUGGUAUGGUGGUGAGUAUUUGGAAAUGGAUGCCUUACUCCAAGAUUAUUUGUCUCUGGGUGUUCUUUUUUACUGCUUUCUGUUUUUUCAAUUUGGUUUAAUAUUAAUCUUUGUUUGUCUUGCAGUCUUUCCAUCUGUGGUGAAAUUCAUGGCAAUAUAGACUAUGCUCAAAGUUUAUUUCUUGUGGUCUAUUUGUACUAUCAAUAGUUGUGUUUAGUUGCUAAUUUAAAGAGUGUCUAAGGGGUUUUUUAUCAACCAUGUCAUAAUGCAUUAUCAUCAUUCACCAUUGAACACGGGUUUGAAUCAGAGGUCAAAGAGUAAGGUUCCUGUGGUGGGAACAUGUUCUUUGAAUCUAGCUGAGUUUGUGUUAUGACUCAAAUUGAAGAAAAGCCAUGUCAUUAAAGUGAGUCAUUAAAAUGGUUAGAGAAAAGGACACGUGUCACUUGAUCCAUGAGUUAAGGAAAUAUACUCUUAACCUUCUAUAAAAUGGAGCAUUGAUUGGAAACAAAGGCAUGGAAGAAAAUUGAUGAAUCACUCCUCUCUCUCCCCUUUGGUACUCUCUUGAGAGUAAUGAUUAAGUCUUAUACUUAAUCUUCUUUUAUCUUUCUCCUAGUUCCUUAAUUUGUCAAUUUGCAUUUGUAUUCACUUAAUUUCUAUUGUAUUGUUUCAAGUGAAUUCUAUACAAAGAUAUAUUUCUCCAAUUGUCUACAUUUUCUCUGUAUUCAAUAUUUUCAAAAGGGGCUAAACCCUUACAUUGGUGCUUUCAUUGUCACCAUGGCAUGGGCUACAUCAGUAGGAGCUCAUUGGGAAAAAACAGAAGCUGAGUAUAAUGCUGAAUGGACAAAAUUGGCGUAUCUGGACGGUCCGGGAUAUACAGCAUGGGACCAAAUUGAAGCCAAAUUUGACCUGCAACGCAAAUACUUCUCCGGGAGCUCUUCCCAUGGUGUUCAGAACUCAAUUGAAAAAGCUCCGAUACAGACAUGUUCAUCUCACUUCAUAUCUUCAAUGGCUGAAUCGAAUCGAGAACACAAUUUGCAUAUGGCUGAAACUGCACGCGAAAUACGAGAGUCGUGUGCUAGAAUUCUCAAAUUGUUGCAAAAGGAGAUGGAAGCUACCAAAUCAACGAGCGAUGGGGUUUCGACUUCGGACGAAAUUCUUCUGUCCGUGGAAGGAAUUAAUGAACAUUCAGUCAGCGAUGAAUCUGUCCAAGUGAAGAAUUUUAUCAUGACAUCAUUUUCUCCUUCAAUUGAUUUCAAUGGUGGAAUAGUAGAUCUACCAAAAGAAAUAACACAAAAGCUAAGAAAGACGCCGGAAUCAUGUGUUGGUAUCAAAGUCGAUGUCAAAAUUACUUUUGCAGACUCGUUCAUUUCUGAGCAUCCGGUCGUCGAUUCCGAUGUUGAACGUGAUUGGUAUAACACAAAGGUGACACCGCUCGAUAUGGAUAGAAAGCAAAACAACUCUCCAGUUAUAAUAAACCAAGGGGUUUUCAAUCCUUCUAAUCAUCUAUCAGAUCCACCGGACUUAGUUCCAGUUCCGCCGCCGCCGCUUGCGCCACCAUGGCUACCACACUCGGUUUACCUAAGACAACUCGACUCACCACCACUUAUCAUCGAAAGCAACAACUCUUUCCAACUGGAUCAAGAGGUAGUAACUAGAAUCCCGUCUCAAAUUGAUAAUUCAAUCGCUCUUCAAGUGAUUAACAUGUUGAGGAAAUUUUCAGUUAAAGAUACAAGCGUUAUUAGUAAUGUGUUUCUUCUCUCAUUGUAUGCUUGUCCUAUUGUAAGUGGAUUCUCUGGUUUUGGACCAAGCGUAUCUUACACCUACCAGUUGUUUGUAGAAAGGCCUCUGAAAAUUACUUUCUUUUGGAACAUUGCUCUCUUUCAAUUGCAACACAGGAAAUGUGCUAUUAUUCUAUACUUGGCCAAUAUCCUUCUAACUGAUACACCAAAAGUGGAAAGGGAAGGCACACAUUUUUCUGUUUUGGAUAUAUCAAAUAAGGCCUUGUUAUUGGAAUCAAAUGUUGGAGGAGAAUACAAAAAGUCUUCUUAUUGUCCACAACAUCAUAUGCUAGAACUUCUUGAUUUUACUGUGUUGGUGGAAGCAAUGGAUUCAUGUGUCCUGCCCUCUUAUCAUUUUGUUAUCCCUUUCAAUAGUCACAACAUGAUAUCUAUAAGCUUGACUUCAGAAUACAUGCAGAUGACAAUGAAAGGAAAACACUCCAUGAAAUUUGAUUAUGGUGGCACUGGAUAUUUUUUCCUUCCCACAACAACUUUACUAUUCCAACAAUGGGAUCCAGGUGGCUGGUCUAGUUCAUUGAGAAGUUCUAUACUACUUGUUUUGAAGGUCUCUUGGAGAUUUGCUCCUAUCACCCAACACCAAUAUUUUGUUAACUUCAACCUUGAGGACAAGGUUGAUUUUAAUGGGGGGAGUAAUGUUAUGACUCAAAUUGAAGAAAAGCCAUGUCAUCAAAGUGAGUCAUUAAAAUGGUUAGAGAAAAGGACACGUGUCACUUGAUCCAUGAGUUAAGGAAAUAUACUCUUAACCUUCUAUAAAAUGGAGCAUUGAUUGGAAACAAAGGCAUGGAAGAAAAUUGAUGAAUCACUCCUCUCUCUCUCCCCUUUGGUACUCUCUUGAGAGUAAUGAUUAAGUCUUAUACUUAAGGCAAAAUACCCUUUUUCGUCCCUUAUCUUUAUGUCGGGGUCCACUUUGGUCCUUUAAUUUUUAAAAAGUUAAAGAGUGUAUACGUGGCAUUUGACAUGUACGUGUUUUGCAUGCGUGGCAGGUUACGUGGCAUAUGUUAUUACCAAGUUCCAGAAAAUUCUAAAAAUUAUUCACAAAAUUUGUCCAC